UACAUUAUUGAAAUGGGCGGUCUGGAAAGAUUCUGUAGAAAGCCUCCUGUCGUUUCUAUAGCAGAAAAUUGACAGUGCUUGUUGCUUGUAUUUUUCACUGGGGGAAGUGUCCUGGAUUUCAAGCAUAUAAUCCACCGGUUAUCCGAAAACAAAUAAUCACGCCACAAACAUUAAAGCGAAAAUGGGAAAAGUUCAAGGCGGAAUGAAAUGUGUCAAAUAUCUUCUGUUCGUAUUCAACUUCAUAUUUUGGCUGGUGGGCUCGUUGGUGCUGGCAGUGGGGCUGUGGCUGAGGUUCGACACAGACACCGUGUCGCUCCUAAAUGAAGAGGGCGCUCCGGACACCUUCUUCAUCGGUGUGUACAUCCUCAUUGGUGCUGGCGGGCUCAUGAUGCUUGUGGGCUUCUUCGGCUGCUGCGGCGCUGUCCGGGAAUCGCAAUGCCUUCUGGGAUCGUUUUUCGCCUGUCUCCUGGUCAUCUUUGGUGCUGAGAUUGCUGCCGGUGUGUUUGGGUUUUUAAACAAAGACAAGAUAAUUGAAGAGGUCCAGAGUUUCUACAGUAAGUCCGCCAGUGAGAACAACAACGGCACUACGAUAGCAUCCGUUUACCACAAAGUGCUGGAAUGCUGUGGCACAAAAGACUCUCCAAACCCCACCCUCUGCGCGGAUGAGCCUACUGACAAGGACUGUACCACAGCCAUAACGGAGUUCUUCAACAAUAAGCUGUACGUCAUCGGAUACGUGGGAAUCGGCAUCGCCGGAGUGAUGAUCAUCGGCAUGAUCUUCAGUAUGGUGCUGUGCUGUGCCAUCAGGAAUAGCAGGGAGGUGAUCUAGGCUACGCCCUGCCCCGCCCCCUGACCCCACCCACCCCACCCCUCCAACCCUCCGACCCGCAUCGGAUCUUUCCAGACUCGUCACGGCGUCUGCGACGGAGCCUCUCUGACGGGAUUGGUCCAGGAGAGCCAUUUAAAGAUCCAGGAAGCCACUCCGUCCAACCCCCUCCCUUUUUUUCCCAAAACACGUACCAAGUCAACAGUGGGCUCUGUAGGGGGGCCCGUGGUACACGCUAAUGAUGUCAUUAGCGAGUGUCGUUCGGGCGCUAGUCUGAUCUCUCUCUUCCUCAUUCGCUAUAAUCCAAUUAACCUGUUUUACAGCACAGUGGUUUCCACACAGAAACUUCAUUUGUUUUCAUCGCUGUUCAGAGUCCACGCUGACUAGUGCUCAGCACACACAACAUAAGAAUGCAUACUGAUGAGAACAGACCAUUCGGCCUGUCUAGGCUCAUCCUGUACCUACAUACUGGAGAGCGUCCAGCACUGUGUCAAGUUAGGACAAGAACACUUCUGGUGUCUCUCCCCCGACCACAUGACCUGACAAGCUGUUCCACACACUGAUAGCUCUCUGUGUGAACGCAAAAGCGGUACUCCUGCAGAAUUGACUUUUUCUCAUUUCCACCAAUGGAAAUUAUAGAUUAGAUAUUUUUCCCUUUUAGGGGUUAAAAUCCUCAAUUAAUUUCUCUUUAAACUGUUCAGAAGUGUGUUGAGUUAUUGACCAAACAAUUUAACUCUCCUGAUGACUUUCCUAACUAAACUUAAUUUAUUCUCACAGUCCACAUUGUUAUAACUGCAAAUAGCAUCCGUAAAGUCCUUGUAAGAUAUUUGCAGGCGAGGGCAUUCUGUUCUAAAAAUGUCAGCAGCAGCAGCCUCUGGUGUCAGCAGGUAAAAAUAUUAUGUAAUUUGACACUGAGAGGUCGUUGUUAGAGGCCCCCAAAACAUCCAUAUGGUCUCCCCACCCCCAUACGCAUACACAAACACCAACAUGCACACACUCAGGGAUAUGGAUGUCUGUCCCCAUACGCACACACAAACACCAACACACACCCACAUACGCACACAUAAACACCAACACACACCCCCACACGCAUACACAAACACCAACAUACACACACUCAGGGAUAUGGAUGUCUGUCCCCAUACGCACACGCAAACACAAACACACACCCCCAUACACGCACAGAAACACCAACAUACACAACCCCAUACGCACACAUAAACACCAACACACACCCCCAUACGCACACGCAAACACCAACACACACCCCCAUACGCGCACAGAAACACCAACAUACACACCCCCAUACGCACAUGCAAACACCAACACACAUCACCAUACGU